GGGGGGGAACAAGGGAGGGACACACAAAGAAAGAGAGAGGUAGAAAGAUGCCUUGCCGUGUUGUGGAUUCUCUCUCCCGUGGUAAACAGAAGCCCCAUUGGACUGAACAGGAAGACUUAGGCUACAACUUCUGGACUGGUGCUUGGGAGAGGGCGAGCAGCAGCACCUGAAGAGACGCACCGGAGCAAGUACAGCAGAUCUCUUUUGGAUCUCGACAACACCUGAACAUCCAACUGGAUCCCUUUUCUGAUCUACCAUUCUACAUACCUUCGCUGCUCACUAAAAGCGGCAGGACCCGGCUGAACUUCUACACUGAUUCUGAUCACCGACUCCACCCUAAGACCAGAGUGGAGGGACCCAACUGGGACUCUGCGUGGAUGGACUCCACCACGGUGGCCUCUUUUAGAUGUGCUUCUCUCCCCUCGCUAUACUGCCGGACUGGCCCCGCACCCACCUGUGCUCCCUGAGAGGCCUCAGCGGACCCCCCCCUCCCACCACCACCCUGGUGCCUCUGGGAUGGUGUGAUCAUUGCGGGACCCAUCGCUGACCUUAGAUCAGGGCCAACAUGCCGGUGAUGAAGGGCCUCCUGGCCCCCCAGAAUACCUUUCUGGACACCAUCGCCACCCGCUUCGAUGGCACCCACAGCAACUUCCUGCUGGGCAACGCGCAGGGCCACCGCGGCUACCCAAUCGUCUACUGCUCGGAUGGCUUCUGCGAGCUGACGGGCUUCGCACGCACCGAGGUGAUGCAGAAGAAGUGCAGCUGCCGCUUCCUGUACGGCCACGACACCAGCGAGCACGUGGCCCAGCAGAUGGAGAAGGCCCUGGAGGGACGAGAGGAGUUCCAGACUGAGGUCCACUUCUACAAGAAGAACGGGACCUCUUUCUGGUGCCUACUGGACGUUGUGCCCAUAAAGAACGAGAAGGGGGAGAUGGUCCUAUUCCUCUUCUCGUUCAAGGACAUCACUGACACACACGGAAAAGUGCAUCAUAAGAAAGAAGAGGAUAAGAGGCGGAGCAGGAAGAGUGGCAGCUCUCACUUCAGCGAAGCCAGGAAGCGGGGGCGGACCAUGAUCUACCAUCUGACCAGCCAGUUCUCCAGAGGCGGCAAGAGAGAGGUCAACCUGGGCAGUAACAUGUUUGAGAAGCCCUCGUCCCUCCCAGAGUAUAAGGUAGCGGCGGUGCAGAAGUCCCGCUUCAUUCUGCUUCACUACAGCGUAUCCAAGGCAUUAUGGGACUGGAUGAUCCUCCUGGCCACCUUCUAUGUGGCGGUCACCGUGCCCUACAACGUCUGCUUCACGCCUUACGACGAGCUGGACACGGCCGCCCGCGCCACCAUCGUCAGCGACAUUGCCGUGGAGAUGCUCUUCAUCCUGGACAUCAUCCUGAACUUCCGAACAUCCUUUGUGAGCACGUCGGGUCAGGUGGUGUACGAGGCACGCUCCAUUUGCAUCCACUACGCCACCACCUGGUUCUUUGUCGACCUGGUGGCUGCACUGCCCUUUGACCUGCUCUAUGCCUUCAACAUCACCGUGACCUCCCUGGUCCACCUGCUGAAGACGGUUCGCUUGCUGCGGCUGUUGAGGCUUCUCCAGAAGCUGGACCGUUACUCCCAGUACAGUGCCAUGGUGCUCACCCUGCUCAUGUCCAUGUUCGCCCUGCUGGCCCAUUGGAUGGCCUGCAUCUGGUACAUCAUCGGACGCAAGGAGAUGGAGAACAACGACCCUGACACCUGGGACAUAGGUUGGCUCCAUGAGCUGGGCAAGCGUUUGGAGACUCCAUACGCCAACAGCACACUGGGCGGACCCUCAGUACGCAGCUCCUAUAUCGCUGCCCUCUACUUCACCCUCAGUAGCCUCACCAGCGUGGGCUUCGGCAAUGUGUGUGCCAACACUGACGCUGAGAAGAUCUUCUCUAUCUGCACUAUGCUCAUAGGGGCCCUGAUGCAUGCGGUGGUAUUUGGUAACGUGACGGCCAUUAUCCAGCGGAUGUACUCUCGGCGCUCCCUCUACCACACGCGCAUGAAGGACUUGAAGGACUUCAUCAGGGUUCACCGUCUUCCCCAGCAGCUCAAACAGCGAAUGCUGGAGUACUUCCAGACCACCUGGUCUGUUAACAAUGGCAUCGAUGCCAACGAGCUCUUGCACGACUUCCCAGACGAGCUGCGGGCCGACAUCGCCAUGCACCUGAACAAGGACAUCCUGCAGCUGCCCGUGUUCGAGGGGGCCAGCCGUGGCUGUCUGCGCUCGCUCUCCCUCCACAUCAAGACCUCGUUCUGCGCCCCUGGCGAGUACUUGAUCCGGCAGGGCGACGCGCUCCACGCUAACUACUUUGUCUGCUCGGGUUCCCUGGAGGUGCUCAAGGACAGCAUGGUGCUGGCCAUCCUAGGGAAGGGGGAUCUGAUUGGCUCCGACCUGCCGGGGACGGAUCACGUGAUCAAGACUAAUGCGGACGUGAAGGCGCUGACCUACUGCGACCUGCAGUACAUCAGUGUGCGGGCUCUAAGGGAGGUGCUGGAGUUCUACCCGGAGUACGCCAGCCUGUUCACUGCAGAUAUCCUCCACAACCUCACAUACAACCUGAGAGAAGGCAGCGAGGCAGAGGGCCUGACAAGGUUCUCAAGGUCGCCCAGGCUUCCACACAACCGCCGAGGUUCCACAGAGCACAAGCUCCCGUCCAUCAUUGAGACAAAAGGAGGUCUCCAUGACGACUCAGAUGAGUACUACCACCUAUCACCAGCGUCCCGCACCCGCCGCGCAAACCUCCUCUUGCCCAGCCUGAGCAGCCCCGUGCGCCGCACCUCCCUGGGCAACCUGCUGGGUGACGAGCUAAGGCAGUUCAAUGCCCUGCGGCGCUGCCGUUCGCCCAACCUGAGCCGGGGAGGCCUACCCCGGGGCCACAGCCUGUCUUCCCCACAGCCGCUGACAAAAAAGGAGCACAGUGUCCCAGUGGCAGCCCCUGCUAGUCCCCCUACCUCAGGGGAGUUGGGGGCAGGGAGUCAGGGCCGCAAGCCCUCCAAGCUGCUGAUUCCCACUGUCAGCUAUUUUGUACCGCCGGACCUCAGUCCAAGGGUUGUCGACGGCAUCGAGGACAAUGGUCGCACGUUCCUCUUCAACAUGGAGCACAGUGGGCCCAAGGCCAGCACCACGGGACGUCCCAGUGAAGAUACGAGGCAUGUGAACGCCACUUUGCUUCUGGAGUCGGAAGAGGUUAGACAGAGCAUCAGUCAGCUCAACCAGAAGAUGGGCAACUUGAACAACGAAGUGUCUCAGCUGACCAAGGACCUCCAUCACAUGAUGCACCUUCUCCAGGCCCAGGUGGCUAUGCACCACUACACAGCCUCCCUGUCCUCCUCCUAUCCCUACGCCGUCCAAAUGGUCUCCAACUCCAACCCCAGCACUGGAACAGCCUACAACCUGGCCCCCAGCAGCCUGCACCUCCAUCAGGACCCUGGGAGCAUGGAGGGGGGACACACGGACACACUCCACCCUUGCUGGGGCUACAGUGAGGCUCCAGGGGGGAGCUGCCAGGCUAGGGCCACAGGGGGUGGACAGCCAGAGGACCACUACCAGACCCAACCUCAGUCUUCCAGCCCAGGGCCCCCUAGCUUCUACCAUGUGACAGACUCGGCGGCAGUGCCAGGACCCUGCCGGGGAUCUGGUAGAACCUCACCCCAUCCCUGGACUGGCCCUUCCUUGCUUAGCAUUAGCCCAACCUUACAGAGUGGUGGUAGCCCAGGCACGGCUACCACUGCUGGGCAUGAGGACUUUGGCGACAGUCGCCCUGGCCUUGACACUAGCCCAGUUAGCAUCAGCCAGUCCCAACCCAGCUUGUGUCUGCAGCCGCCUAGCAGCGGUUUGUACAGCUGUCUGCUGUCUAGUGCUCCCACGUCUACUCACAGCCUCCUGGAUGCCUACCCCAGCACCUACCCGCACAUCUACCUAGCCUCAGAACCCCUUUUACACCCUGCAAGGCCUACCCUGGGGGAACCUGCUGCAGUCCUGGAGCUUGAUGGGGUUCCAAGCCAUGACUUCCCCCAGCAAUACACAUCCACCUCCAGCCUCCUUGACGAGGACCUGCACAGUCUGUCUGUCCACUCCAGCCCUGGAACUGCCCCCUCCUUCCCCAGGCCAUCGUCCAUCUGUUCCCAGGACUCAGAGUCUCCUCCUAGGCAGGACAACUGCGCUCCUCCCCACAUCCCCUUGGGAGACUCGGCAGCGGUGGGACACACCAGUCUGGAGUGCCUGCUGGGGAAUGGGGGCUCCACGGAGAGCAGGGACAGCGAGAGCCCCGGGACCAGGUCGAGGAGAUCCAGCCUGGGAGCUCAGACUCAGUGCACAGAGCAGUCCUGGUGCCUGGACCUGACGGACUAGUGCCCUUUCCACACAAGAGAGAAUAAAAUAUCUGGGCCAGCACACUAGGGUCUGCGUAAAAGGUUACGCUUGGCCCUACAAUUUGGCCCCAACAACAACCCCAACCACCAUCACGGGGAACUAAAAACAGGACAGGGAACAGAAUCUUUACAAAGACAAGAAAAGUGGGCAUGAUACAGAGCAUUAUAGGGACUGUAGUACAUUGUGCAACACUACGGACGUGCACUUUUGAGUGUUCUUAACGUGUGGCGUGUUUUCCCCAUUUUUGGGGGGUCACUUGUUAGUCCGCGUUCAAGCGACUUACAGCUUUUACUAUGCAAACGCAUGUCAUUUUGUGCAUUGUCUUGGAUUUGAUCAAGUGUGUCCUUUUUUAGACGUAGCUCAUUUUUGAGGAGUUUCUCUCUUUCGAUUGAAAGAAAGAUCAACCUGAACAUGUGUAUUAUUGAAGUUGAAAUCCCGUUCGAGGUUAGAAGUGAUUGUGACCUAGGUAGAGGUUCUUGACUGUAACACCUCGAUCAAAUGUUAGCGCGGAACAGGGGUCAUUGUUACGUUCCUACACAAGUCCUCUAAAAGGGGAAUUAAUCAAAUACAAACCAUGAUUAUAUUAUUAACAUAUAAAAUGUUUAAUUCAGUUCAAUGAAACAACAUUACACUUGGUUGAAAUGGCUACCUUUACAAAAAUAAUCAAAGAAUGCAACCAAAAUGUAUUAUGGUCUCAAGAAAAUAGGUUCAAAAUCCAGAAAGCAGUUACUGUUUUCUAUUUGAUGAACAGUCGUUAUUUAAAACAUUUUUUCAGAUUAACAAGGUCGGAGGCUGCUUACCAUAGCCAUACUAUGGCUGUGUUUACACAGCCACAAGAACCCAAAUCUGAUUUUCAUUCUAUAUCUGAUCUUUUUUGUCUACACUCAAGUUUUACAUGUGACCCAUAUCAGAUUUGCCCAUUCACACCAGAGAUCUGUAUAUAACGCUCAUGUCUCCGUCAUAACAAUGGGAGUCGUUGUCCCAAAGGCAGGAUGGCAGGCGACAACCUUAGGUCCAAAAUAAGCCCAUAGAAACGCUUUGGGCUUAUUUUGGAUAGAUUUUUGGCAAGAGUGAAACCUCUCAUUUUACCUCCUCUCUGCUCACACUGAUGUAGCCUCUGAAGUAGCACACAGAUGCAAUUCUCAUUUCCUGUCACUGUUCCUUUAAAUAUUAGGGUGGUUGUCAUGGUCAAGGCAAAUCAUGGUAAAAAAAAAAAAAAAGUAACAUUUCAGAGCAAAGAAAUCUGAUCUGAGCGUCCAGACAGAGGUCACAUAUGGAGGAUCGGGUUUGUAUCAGGAUUCAGCUCCACAUAUGGAGAUGGUAUAAAUCGGAAGUCAACAGAUCUGAUUCCAUGUGGUCUUUUGCUGUUUACACGUUAGGGAAGAAGAUCAGAUAGGUAUCAGAUAUGCAAAUAAUUGGAAAAAGAUCUGAAUUGGGCUGCUUCUGUAAACGCAGCAUAAAGGUGUCCAAUUAUGAACAUCAUGAAUAAAUCUCUAUACUACACAUAGGGGCAUUUGCUUGUUUAACCAAAAGACAACUAUUUACACAUUCAUUUGUCAAGCAGUACUACAAGCAGUAAGCUAGUGAUAGAGUACGUCCAAAAUGGCACCCUAUUCCCUAUAUAGUGCACAACUUUGGACCAGGCCCAUAGGGGUCUGGUCGAAAGUAGUACACUAUAUAGGGAAUAAGGUGCCUUUUUGGGACGGAGCCAUACACACCUGUGAAUUAGUGGGUUCCCGUAAGAUAUUCAGUCGAGAUGAAGCCAAUCGAUAUUGCGUAACCACAAAACAUGAAUUUACCUUAACCUGUUCCCCCACAGCUGGUUAUUGAGCACAAGAUGAGUUUCAUAAGAAUUUCGGAAAGAUAAAAUGUCGACCUUCGAGUCAGCCAUAGAGUAUAUCAUUUGAAUGAUGUGUUCUGAAUAGAGCUGUGUCACUGCACUCCGAACCAGACUAGAGCUCACCUGGAAAGAGGGGUCUAACAACUUCUGCACUCACACAGAGAUAACUCCUACAAGUAAGAAUACAAGUUAAAGUAUACAUUUAGGCUUCCUCGCAGAGGAAUUGGCUGUUAUGACCUGUUACCUCAUUGCAUGCUGAAGUUGUUUAUUCUUUUUCCUAAGGAAAAGGUAUCGACAAUAUGUUAACGUUCUAUUCGAGAUACUGUAGAUUGUAUAGACAAAUACUGUACUUGCAUGACAGGUCGAGGCCGACUGAUUCACACGCACGGUUGGAUGUUUUGACUUACUAUUACAUACUGGGCAUAUACGUUUUCAGAUAAAAGAAUAUAUCUAUUAAUUGUUUUUGGUUGACGUGGUGUUUUUUUCUCCCAAGUUCAGGCAUGUUUAUGUUGGAAGAUAAAUGGUUUUGUGUAUUUACAACCUCAAUCAAUUCAUUAUUCGCAACCAAAUAACAUCUUGAGAUAAUUUAAAAAGCAGUUUAAAAAAAAAAUCCUAACACCUAUUAAGGGCUAGAUUCAAUCCGUAUCAUGGAAGAUCUGCAUUAUAGCACGAUUGAAAUUGAAAGGGCAUUUCUUAUUGAGCCAACAUAUGCAGUGUUUACCAUGAAUUUACGAACGCAGAAACAUUGCCUUUAAAUUUCAAUUGAGCUAGUGCGGAUCUUCCUCUAUAAGGAUAGGCUUAAGUGUACAAUUUAACACCCUUAUACAAAGCACACAUACAGUAUAGUCGGAAUAUUCAAAUAAAGCUGCAAAAAACAGUGUACCCCCAUUUUGAAAGUUAAUACUAUUCAUUCCUAGCUAGGAAAAGUUCCCUGAGGAAAUAUACUUAAUAUUUUCUAUAACUUCCAAACUAUUUAUGCCCGAGGGAGAAAAAACAUAAUCUCACGUCAAUAUUCAGAGUAUACCAUAAUUUUGUUUGAGAUGAUUUCUCCUUGACUGACAUAAUAAAAUAUGCUGACAAAUCCUA